CCGGGUUGAAGUUGAUUUUCCUCUAUCCACAUGUGAUUCACAUGUUUACACGGAGAGUUGUGUUCGGCGCAUUAUAUUGGCGACACUGGAAUAUGGAAAUAUUUAAUUCGUACUCUUAUAGUUAAAACUAGAGUUCAAACAUGUCGGACAGUGAAGAAGAAACUCGUGAACCGACUUCAGGAGGACGGAAAAGAGAUUCAAAGUACCAGUGUCCGGCCGAGUUUAUAUCCUUUCCGUAUGAUUCCUCUGUAAAUGCAUUAUUGGGUGAAGAGAAACAGCAGUUAUGGUUCAUCAAAGCUCCAGCUCGUUUUGAUCCUAAAUGCUUUAAUAACCUCCAACUUCCUUUAUCAGGACUGGGAAUGGUCCAGUCUAAGGGUAACAGCCCACAAAUCUACAGUGUUGUCAGUGGUGGGACGACGCCAUCAGACCUCAAUCUUCUCAUUUCCAAAGGUGAAAAUCAGAAGCUUUCUCUCUGCUCCACCGGCUUCAGCGGUGUCCUGAAGAUCUCCGAGAGCUAUGGAGACUGUGGUGAAACCCAGGGCCCGAUUCCUGUACCAGCCGCUCCAGCUCCACGCAUCCCAGACGGCCUCAAACAGCGUUUCCAUCCUUUCGGUAGUUCAACUGGAGCUCGCAUGCAAAAAGAAGCCACUUUUGCUUCUCCAACUCCACUCCAGAAAACAAGACAGGAUGUGGGUGAUGGAGAUGAGCCAAAAAAGAAGAAGAAGAAAAAGAAAGACAAGAGUCAGGGGGACAGUGGAGAUGUUUUUAUUAAGCAAGAAGAAACACAAAUUGAAUGUAAUCAGUUAGAGAUAUCUGAACUUAUGGAGGAAGAGCCGAUGGAGGAAAGGAGAAGAAAAAAGAAAAAGGUGAAGAAAGAAAAGGAAAGAGAGAAUCCAGAUAUGGUUGAUGCAAGUUUAUUUUUAAAAACUGAGCAGCUGGAUCCUUCUUACGAUGACACUGAAGUUACCCCGGGGAAAACGAAGAAGAAGAAAAAGAAAAGUAGUCGAAAUGAGUAGAUUACUAAAAGAACUUGAAAUGUUUUAAUCGUUUUUUUUUUGUCAUGUUCACAUAUAUAAAUGAAUUUACCUGUCAAAAAAG